CUUUAUCUAUUGUUUACAAGUGGUUCCAUUCGGCUGCAGAUGGAGAGCGAAUGAGUCUUUGCCCCUUUCACUUUACAAGCAUGCAGUUUUAAAGCUGUAAACAAUGCAAUCCGUGUCAUUGAAGCACACCCGAAAAAAAUCACUCUAAAAAUUAAACAUGAAGCGCGGUUUCAGUUACAAGUUCGUCCUCAAUUUCUGCAGUUUUUUAUUUCUGAUUUGUGGUAUUCUACUCGUUGUAUCCGGAUGCUACCUGUUUACCGAUAGCAAGCGCAUUUUGCUGUCCAGACUACUAGCCGCUCCCAGCGACCGUCUUAACGCAUUACCACACCCAUUGCUCUACUACAUAGCUCUAGGAUUGGCUAUUGCAGGAUUUGUAGCGGUGCUGGCAUCUGUCGUGGGCUUUUGGGCUAGUUGCCUGCACACCUACUGCUUUCUCAGCAUCUACUUUUUAAGCGUCGUGGCUUUACUCUUGACUGAGUCCGUUAUAUGCUUGGCUAUCACUCUUUGGCCCCACUGCUUAGGCAUUAGUCUAGAUGAGAGUCAAAUGAUAAAGUCUUUGCAGACCUUUUAUGGUGUACCGGGACAGGAGCAGUACACCAAUGCCAUGGACUUGGCACAAACUCGUUUUGGCUGCUGCGGGAUGAAAAGUUCAUUGGAGUACGACACAUCGUUAUGGCGUCUUCAAAGCUAUGGGCAAACCAAUUGGCCUGUUCCAUUAAGUUGCUGUGUACUGGAAAAUGCAUCACAGCCACUCGCCUAUCUAGAUCCGAAGCCAGCAAAUGAGUCUCAGUGUCAGUCCCUGGACCAUUUAUCCUAUGAGAGAGAGCGCUAUACGGAAUCAUGUCUACUUCAUCUCGACACCUGGUAUCGGGAGCAGUAUAGUAUAUUCCUUGGCGCCAGUAUUUUAAUGGCUCUUGUGGAGUUCUGUGUUUUGCUCGCCAUUAUAAUGAGCUGCACGGGAGUUGCCUCCCAAAAGGCUAGGCUUGAAAAUAUUCAAAACCUAACUGCUCAAAAGCGCCAACGGCUUACAGCCCUGUCACAGCGUGGUCUUGUCAAUAACAUAUAUAAACCAGAGGUGGAACUCAGAGUAAACUCUGGCCACGAUAUGAACGGCGUAUGCCUGGGAGGACUUAGCAGGCACGUAAGCAGUGAGGACUUUACAGAGAUGUAUCUAAAGCCCAGCGAUCCACAUACGCACAAAAACAAUGCGUCGUUCCAACCAAUUUCUGCUAACUUCCAAACGCAAAGGAUGAAUUAUUUGGUUUAACUUUUCAAACUCUAAGCUGAGAGAAGAUUGUGAAACUCAACGCAAUGUGAAGCUGUGACGGUUCUUGAAGCUAUCUAGAUAUAUACAUACAUAUAUGCACAUUAAGGAAAUGAAUUUCAGUACAAUGUUAAUUACUAAUUUUGUGUUGUUUGCAAGCUGGAAUCGUAUUUGUCAGGUCUAAAACCUUGUGGGAAUGAUAUGCUAAAGAAACCCAAACGAGAAAAUAAUAAUUUAAGAUGAAUUCUUUAUUUAUAAAGUCCGUAAAUUGUAAAUUUAACUGUUAG